CUAAAAAUUUAAAACCCAAAACAAUCCAAACCAGAAAUAGUGAAAUACUAUAAAAGCUCUAUAGCGUAUAGGGUAUGAAGUCAACAAAGGAAAGUCGGACAGACAAUGCCGUAAGUUUCACUCUCAAAAGAAGUGACAUUUCUUUCUUUCUUUCCUUGUGAUUGAACCUUGAGGAUUUGAAUUUGAUCCUGGUGGGGAAAGGCAAGUGGGAACCAGCAGAUCAAUCCCACCUGGAAAAAGUGACAUUUCCUCCUCUCAUUUGCCUUCUGGUGAGUAUGUUUGUUUGUGUGUCAAACCACACAUUCCCACUGGUCAGCAAAUAAAAACCAAAGAAUUGUAUUUUUUUUUUUAAUUUAAAGAAAAAACCAGACCAGUGUUUCUGGGUAAUUGAUGGUUAUGGCUGGGCAGAGAGAGGAAGAUGACUAUGACUACCUGUUCAAGGUGGUGCUGAUAGGGGAUUCCGGCGUAGGGAAGUCCAAUUUGCUGUCAAGAUUUGCCCGGAACGAGUUCAACAUGGAGUCCAAAUCCACCAUCGGUGUCGAAUUCGCCACCAAAAGCUUGGACGUUGACAGCAAAGUCGUCAAAGCUCAAAUCUGGGACACUGCUGGCCAAGAAAGGUACAGAGCCAUCACCAGUGCAUACUACAGAGGUGCACUGGGAGCUUUGCUGGUAUAUGACGUCACAAGACAGCCGACUUUUGAAAGCGUGGGACGGUGGCUGAGAGAACUGAGAGAUCACACAGAUCCCAAUGCAGUUGUCAUGCUCGUAGGCAACAAGUCCGACCUUGGACACCUGCAAGCUGUUUCACAUGAGGACGCAAAGUCUUUAGCAGAGAAAGAGUCCCUCUAUUUCAUGGAAACUUCAGCCCUUGAAUCCACCAAUGUCAGUGAGGCAUUCACCCAGGUUAUUACUCAGGUCUACAACGCGACACGUAAGAAGUCCAUUGAAAAUGGCGAACUCGAAACCUCUUCUUCUUCUUCUUUGGUUGUUCCCUCGCAUGGUGUAAAGAUUGAUGUUUCAAAAGAUGAACCUGAUGAUGUAAAGAGAAGAGGCUGUUGCAGAACUUCUUAGAGCUUUCAAAGCUGCUGCAUUGCACAUCAGAAGUAAUCUCAGGCAUGACUAUAUUCAGUGAAGGCCUAACCUUUCCCCAUCUCCCCUUGUCCCUUCUUUUAAUUAUACUCCUAUAUUUUUUAAUUAUUUGAUACCAAGAACACAUUACUUAGCUCUUAUUGAA